AUGGCAUCUCAGUUACCAACGCCCCCCAAAACCGUCCUUACAAGGAGAUUAGGUAGAGUUUUGGAAAGAGAGCCCACGAAUGAGGAAUUGGUAGCCCGGAUUACAGAUCUGACCCGUGAAAACGGCAUGCUCAGGAAGCAAAUUCAGGAAUUCCAUGAGCUCUGGUCAAGCGUUCAGAAUCUAAUCUCACAAACGACAAGCGGUAUGGAAAAGAUAUCCCGAGCCCUCGGGGAUUUCGACAGUGCAUAUGAAUAUGCGGAAGCCAAUUGGAUCAAGUUCUGGGAUAGCGGAGAGGCUUUACCGCGAGAAUUCUGA